GAGUUUCCCCCAACUGGCGCCUUACUCUAGGGAAGGCUUCCAAGGAAGACUUCAUGAACCUGAGCCAGCCUCCCGGAAAGGCCUUUGGAGCGACCCAGAAGCGCCAGUCGCUCGCCCGGCCUGGUUCCCAGAUGUUUCCCUGAAGCGCACAAGAUUCCCUGUUGUGGAUUCUCUGUCCGCCGCUCACCUCCCCCCCCCCCCCAUCUGGGAGCAGCUCCGUCCUGGUGGUGCGGAGGUGUUUCCUCUGCCCUGUGAGCCUGGGAAAAGAAGCUGAGAGCUGCAGGCCCCUCCUCUGGGCUCCAGCGGCCAGGAGGUGGAGAGGGGUCAGCCCCUUCGGUUGCCUUUUCCAGAGACAGGAGGCUGGGCCGCCGCAGUUCAAACCAAGUGGUGGGACACAGUUCACGCCGGAUUGCCGUGCCGCUGAGAAGAGGAUGCAGCUGGGAUAUCCCCCGGCAACGUCUUCCCGGGCUGGCCUGCCCCAGCCGCCCGGGAUGAGCCUCUACUCCAGCCUGGAGGCCUUCCAGGGCCCGCGGGUCCACGCCAGCGACGGCACCAAGCCACCGUACAGCUACAUCGCCCUGAUCACCAUGGCCAUCCAGAGCACCCCGGAGCAGAGGAUCACCUUGAGCGGCAUCUACCGGUACAUCGCGGGCCGCUUCGCCUACUACCGGGACAACAAGCAAGGGUGGCAGAACAGCAUCCGCCACAACCUGUCCCUCAACGAGUGUUUCGUCAAGGUGCCCCGCGACGACCAGAAGCCAGGCAAGGGGAACUUCUGGACACUGGACCCGGAGUGCCACAACAUGUUCGAGAACGGCAGCUUCCUGCGGCGCAGGAGGCGCUUCACCCGCAAAAGGGGCCCGGCCCGGCCCGCGGGGGGCAGCCAGGCCGGGAAAGCUCUGCCCAAAUGCCCACCUGGCCAGGCUCUCCCGGCCACGAUGAUCAAGGUAGAAGGGGGUCGGUCUUCCCCGGUUCCUGCUAGCCACAGCUCCUGCCCAGAGAUGCCAGAGCCGGACAGACCUUCCCCCUUGGAGGUGCCCAUGGCGGGCCUCUCUUGCCAAGAGCAGCCUAGCCCUGGAAACUUGGCCUGUGCCAAGCUGGGCAUGCCAAGAUCUCAGCAGCCUUGCCUGCACCCAAAGGAUCUGCCGGGGGCCCAGCCUCACCUCUUUGGAAAAGAGCUGCGCUUUUCUCCCUUGACGGAGAGCUCUCAGGCAAAAGCAGCCGUCGCCGGUGAUAUGCAGACUCCGCACCUGGGACCGGGUGCCGACCUUGGCGAGAGGGCCACCCCGCGGCCGAGCCAACCGCACCUCAAGGAGAGCUUCCCCAGCGCCCCGAAACUGACCCCCAAGGCGGCUCGAGACGGCAAGGAGGCGUCCCAGGCCUUGUGCCAGCCGACCCCAUCUUUUGCGACCCUGCUGGGGCCCGCCAAGGCCGCUCAGGGGUGCGGCGGGCAGCCUCCCUUCAGCCGCCUCCCCGCCUUCGACGGUGAGAGCUACGCCAAGCCGCCGGUGCUGCCGGUGUUCGGUUCCUUGGGGUACUCCGGCCCCGAUUCUCUGAGCGGGAACUACCAGUGCCGCCUGCAGGCCUUGAACUUCUGCGUCAACGACCACGGGUGCAGCACGGCGCUGGAGCACCUCUUGGCGAGCCCCGUGGCACCCGCCUCCACGGCCCCCCUUCCGCCCACCCCCUUUGUGCAGCUUCAAGGGGAGCAGGAGCCCUGGGGGGGGACCCCUUUCUCCUGCCAAGGAGGAAAUGGCUACCAGCUGGGACUCCCACACUGUCUCUACAGGACACCCGGAAUGCUCUUUUUUGAGUGACGGGAGGGGGGAUCCAUGCUCCGAUCCUGCUUCACCGGCAGCCCCCGUAGGAUGGACCCCUGAGGACCCCCCCCCGCCCACGUCCCAUGUAAGUUAUUGACUCCUGCCCAGCAGAGCUGAGAAGGACUACAAGAAGACCGAGGACCCUGUUUGCACCCGAGCAAAAACCUCCCACCCGAGGGAUGGAACUCCUUCACUUUUUGGUUCUUAGCCAGCGGAAUAAAUGUAUGUUUCAUUCCUCA